UGCCGGCGCCGGCGGGUAAUCCCGAGCAGGCUGCGGGACCCAGCCCAACCCGAGUUUCGAAGCCACCCGGCAUGUCGCCUGGGCGCCCCGACCAUCCAGGGCCACUCUCCGCCGGGAGGCGGGACCUGGACGCCGAGUAUCCAUAAGAAUGGAUGCAGUGUCUCUUUGCCACAUUCCUUAUUGCUGUGUCUCAUGAGCCUACCCGAUCUUGAGGAAGAGCCGUGUUUAAUGAUGACAAGCCUCUCACCAGUGUAGCAACAAGAAAGAAAAAGGACCUCAGAUAAAGAAGUACUUAGAUUUCUAUUCAACAAGGAAGACAAGCCCGGCUGCAUUACCUUUUCCCAAGAUGAACCGAUACACGACCAUGAGGCAGCUGGGGGACGGCACAUACGGGAGUGUGCUUAUGGGCAAGAGCAACGAAUCCGGGGAGCUGGUGGCCAUCAAGAGGAUGAAGAGAAAGUUCUAUUCUUGGGAUGAGUGUAUGAACCUGCGAGAAGUUAAGUCCCUGAAGAAACUCAAUCAUGCCAAUGUGAUUAAACUAAAAGAAGUUAUCAGAGAAAAUGACCAUCUCUAUUUUAUAUUUGAAUAUAUGAAAGAAAACCUCUAUCAGUUAAUGAAAGACAGAAAUAAGCUGUUCCCUGAGUCAGUUAUCAGAAAUAUUAUGUAUCAAAUCCUGCAGGGGCUGGCAUUUAUCCAUAAACAUGGCUUUUUUCACAGGGACAUGAAACCCGAAAACUUGCUCUGUAUGGGUCCAGAGCUGGUGAAAAUUGCCGAUUUUGGACUUGCAAGAGAAUUAAGAUCACAGCCACCAUAUACUGACUAUGUGUCGACCAGAUGGUAUCGUGCUCCUGAAGUCUUGCUAAGAUCUUCGGUGUACAGCUCUCCCAUUGAUGUGUGGGCCGUGGGAAGCAUAAUGGCUGAGCUAUAUACAUUUAGACCGCUUUUCCCAGGGACAAGUGAAGUUGAUGAAAUCUUUAAAAUCUGCCAAGUGUUAGGGACUCCCAAGAAAAGUGACUGGCCGGAAGGAUACCAGCUUGCAUCCUCCAUGAAUUUCCGCUUUCCCCAGUGCAUUCCUAUAAACCUGAAAACUCUCAUUCCCAAUGCCAGUUGUGAGGCUAUUCAGCUUAUGACAGAGAUGUUGAGCUGGGAUCCAAAGAAACGACCAACCGCAAGCCAGGCACUGAAACACCCGUAUUUUCAAGUCGGUCAGGUAUUGGGUCCUUCCAUACACCACCUGGAUGCAAAACAGACUCUCCACAAGCAGCUGCAGCCACUGGAGCCGAAGCCAUCUUACUGUGAACGGGAUCCUAAACCUUUGCCAAAAGUAGUUGAUGAGCCUGCCGGACAGCCCCAGCCAAAACAGGGCCACCAACCACUGCAGCCCAUUCAGCCACCACAGAACACAGAUGUCCAGCCUCCUCCAAGGCCGCAGGGUCACCAGAAACCACCACAGACAAUGUUUCCGAGCAUCCUCAAAACCACAAAGCAAGUCAGCACAGUGAACCUUAAGGGAGCUCGGAGACGGUGGGGUCAGACAGUCUUCAAGUCUGGAGACAGCUGUGACGACUUUGAGGACAGCGACUUCGGGGCCUCCCAUUCCAAGAAGCCGAGCAUGGGUGCUUUCAAGGACAAGAAGAAAGAGUGUCCAUUUCGGCUUCCAGAGUCAGGACUCCCAUGCUCCAGCCACUCCAAGGGGGAAAACAAGAGUUUACAUGCAGCUGUUUCCUUAAAAUCUGACACAAACUUGUCAACUGCUUCAACAGCUAAGCAGUACUAUCUGAAACAAUCAAGAUACCUUCCAGGCGUCAACCCCAAGAACGUGUCUUUGGUAGCCAGUGGCAAAGAUAUAAACUCACACACUUGGAAUAAUCAACUAUUUCCCAAGUCGUUGGGCUCCAUGGGGGCGGACCUUGCUUUCAAGAGGAAUAAUGCAGGAAACCUUGGGAGCUACACUUACGACCAGACGGGAUCCAUGCCUUCCUUUCUCAAGAAAGAAGUGGGAUCGGCUGGUCAGAGGAUCCACCUGGCUCCUCUUGGCGCGACGGCUUCAGAAUAUACCUGGAACACAAAACCUGGCCGAGGCCAGUUUUCAGGACGAACUUACAAUCCCACAGCAAAAAAUCUCAAUAUUGUGAACCGCACACAGCCGGUCCCCUCGGUGCACGGGCGGACAGACUGGGUGGCUAAGUACGGAGGUCACCGGUAGGAAGCCCUGAAGCGUGGCUCCGAAGAGGACGGUCACGCCUGGGAGAUGUCUACAGUGUCUUUUUCUACCGAAUUGCACAAGAAACACCCAACCGUGGGUACCUCAAAGAGCAGACGUCAGCUCCCAUUCCCUUUCUUUCCUGGAAACGCGAUGCGACAUUUCCAGGAAGCAGCGCGGAUGCACCACCAUGCUGAGACUUUUGAGUGGGACUUUACAGAGUAUUGAAUAAAGUAUUUGCCAAAGUAUGAAGUAUUUGAUCUACAAAUUACUGCAUAAGUACGUAGGCUUUUAGAGAGUGACUCCGGAGAGUGAGUGCACGGGGCCGCACUCUCGCCUGUCUAAGCCACGGAGGUUCUGGUCCCUGCAGGGACCCCCUGGCCCUAGCAGUUGGCCUCCAUCUCGCUUUUCCUGGCGGUGAGGUAGGCCCCUGGGGCUGAGUUACCGGGCUGGCUUGCUGCUCUCCCACCUUGGCAAUGCUAACUACCUUUCAGUUUUCUCCAUUUGAAACUAUGAGGUGAGCGCCCUGGCACAUCAGAGCAGGAUUUUUCUUAGAAAGAAACUUUCCUCCAGCCCCUGUGAGGCUGUAUACACGCCAGUCCGUUUUCAGCACUGUUGCUGGAUCUUGACCAAACUGCGAACUUACCAAGACCGCCAGACCCUGUAGCCCGGUGAGUCCCGCACCAAUCGCACCCUCUCAUCUUUAAGAACGUGCUUGAAAAACGUACCUGAUGCUUGUUCACCUGACUCUCCCAACUCCUGUUUCUGUGUGUUUCUCCCAGAGACAGAGGUGAAGCGUGCCAGCUGGUCCCCAGGCAAACUCCUGCUGCUGCAGGUCACUGACAAGGCUCUGACCGUCAUGUGACCUUCAGUCACAGGGUAAACGCACUCAGUUGCCAUGGCAGAGUUCCAUGCACUUCUUCUUAGUUUUGUUACUAAAUUGUUUGUUUGUUUGUUUUAAUAGAUAUUUUGAAGUUAGGACUACUUUAAACCUGCCAUACGCUGGGCUGGGCAUUAGUACUGUUUAUUCUUUUGAAAGAAUAAUGUUAUUGCCUACUGAUAUUUUUAUGUAUUUAUGGCUUUGUAAUAGAUGCUGAUAUAACUGGCAUCACUUUGUGGGCACUUCCCAGAGGCACAUUAUCAAAUCAUAUAUUUUUGUAUAGAAGAUAUAGUUGUUCAUAUUUUACAUGUUUAAAAUGUUAUACUUGAAAUAGUAAUUUAUCCUAGUCCUGAUGGUUAUAUGUAUUUGUACAAUUUUGUUGUCUCAAAGCUAAUAAAAAUGACUUGGUGUU